CCGAGACAGGGACGGCCAUUCGAAUCCAGUAUUAGUGCGGUGUAGAGUGCUCGGUGCUUUUUAAACUAAACCAAUCUUCAUCUCAUUUCUUAUAAGUAAUAUUCCUUGCUCUUACAAAUACUAAACGUAGAUCCGACUUUUCUUUGUGCCAUUUUCUUCGAUAUACUCGUACGUACGUUAGUGUAUAUACAAGAUGCCUUUCAAACCAGUCGAACAUCCAAAAUGCCCAAAAUGCGGCAAAUCUGUUUAUGCCGCAGAAGAACGAGUUGCCGGAGGAUUGAAGUGGCACAAAAUGUGCUUUAAGUGUGGUCUUUGCGGAAAGCUUCUCGACUCGACGAACUGCUCCGAGCACGAGGGUGAGCUUUUCUGCAAAGUCUGCCAUGCCCGCAAGUUCGGCCCUAAGGGCUAUGGUUUCGGUGGUGGCGCCGGUUGUCUUUCCAUGGACCAAGGCGAGCAUCUGAAGAGUAGCGAGGAUCUUGCAAGAGGAUCCAACGCUAUCUUGGAACCACGUGCCAUCGCAAAAGCACCCGAGGGUGAGGGAUGUCCUCGUUGCGGAGGAUACGUUUAUGCUGCCGAACAAAUGUUAGCUCGAGGAAGGGGUUACCACAGGCAAUGCUUCAAGUGCAAAGUCUGUCAUCGGUCUUUGGACUCGACGCUUCAUUGCGAUGGUCCGGAUCGCGAUAUAUAUUGUCGAGUAUGCUACGGAAAGAGGUUCGGACCGAAGGGUUAUGGCUACGGUCAGGGUGGUGGCGCCCUGCAGAGCGACUGCUACACCAAUGGUGAUGCCGCUCCUCGUACUACGGUUGUCGACACAGCCAUCAUCAAGGCCCCACCUGGCAAGGGAUGUCCACGUUGCGGAGGUGUAGUCUUUGCCGCGGAACAGGUGUUAGCAAAGGGACGCGAAUGGCAUAGAAAAUGUUACAAGUGUCAUGAUUGUACCAAAACUCUCGACUCGAUCAUUGCUUGCGAUGGUCCCGACAAGGAUGUUUAUUGCAAAACUUGUUAUGGAAAGAAAUGGGGACCUCACGGUUAUGGGUUUGCUUGUGGUUCUGGUUUCUUGCAGACCGAUGGUCUAACGGAAGAAGAAAUUUCAUCGAGUCGACCAUUCUAUAAUCCGGACACAACUUCAAUCAAAGCACCAGCCGGACAGGGUUGUCCUCGUUGCGGUGGCAUGGUGUUCGCAGCUGAACAACAGCUGGCUAAGGGUACAAUGUGGCAUAAGAAAUGUUUCAACUGUGCCGAAUGUCAUCGUCCUCUUGACUCCAUGUUGGCUUGCGAUGGACCGGACAAAGAAAUUCACUGUCGUUCCUGCUACAGCAAACUCUUCGGACCUAAAGGUUUUGGUUUUGGACAUACUCCCACUCUCGUCUCGACAAAUGGCGAUCAUGCACCAUCCUACAUCGAUUCGAAGCCCCAACUUGGACAGAAACGAAACGACGGCCACGGUUGUUCUCGUUGCGGUUAUCCAGUUUAUGCUGCCGAGCAAAUGAUCUCGAAGAAUCGUGUAUGGCACAAGCGUUGCUUUAAUUGCGCAGCCUGCAAUCGUUCCUUGGACUCGACGAAUUUAAACGAUGCACCGGACGGUGAAAUUUACUGCAGGGGUUGCUACAACAGAAAUUUCGGGCCUAAGGGUGUCGGUUUUGGCAUGGGCGCGGGUACAUUAACGAUGGCUUAAAAUUUUAUCAACAAUUAACAACAUUCGAUGCGCGUGCACAUACACAUAUACAUAUUACACACAUAUAUACAUAUUUAUACAUAUUAUACGUACAUAAGACAUCAUUGACAGGAAUGUCAAGUAAACGAUAAAUUAAUUUCAUCAGCUAUUAAUAAGAACUUUACAAACAUAUUAACAAUUUUAUCUUAUUUUUUGUUUUUUUUUUCUUUUUCCAAAUUUAAUCACACGAACAGAUCUUCUACACGUAUCGACACACUAUCGAUAUAAAAAAAAAAAAAUGAUAAAGUUACGAGAAUUUCGAAUAUUGGUAAAUUACGAGCACUCUUGUCUCAAAAAAGAAAAAAAAGAAAUUAAAAAAAGGAAGAGAAAA